AUGUCAAGGAAUUCUUUUGACUUUCCAAACUCUAUAAAUCUAUUUUUCUCUUUUUGGUCAUCAAGAGAUUUUGACAAAGAUGAGGAAUUUCUUUGUUUCGUCAUUCUUGAUUACAAGAAAAUCUCUCUCUCUCUCUCUCUCUCUCUCUCUCUCGUCUUCAUUUUUUCCUCUCUUCUUCUUUUCUUUCUGCUCUUCUUCAUUUUUCUCAUCCUCUUUUCACUUCUCAACUUCUUUCUCAUGCCCAAAAAACCUCUCCCUGUUUCUUACCCUCCAACUUCUAUCUGUCAUUCAUAUCUAUCUAUUUACCUAUCUAUCUUAUCAGUUGCAAUCUGUUCCUAUCUAUCUAUCUAUCUAUCUAUCUAUCUAUCUCAGUUUAUUCAUCUCUAUCACUCAGUUUAUUCAUAUCGAUCGAUUUUUUUCUAUCUAUUUAUCUAUCUGUCUAUGUCUGUUCAUUAUCUAUCUAUCUAUCUAUCAAUUGCAAUCUGUUCAUAUCUAUCUAUCCAUCUAUCGCAAUCUGUUCAUAUCUAUCUAUUGCAGUUUGUCCAUAUCUAUCUCUCUAUCUCAGUUUAUUCAUAUCUAUCCAUCUAUUUAUCUAUCUGUUCAUUAUCUAGCUAUCCUAUCUAUUUAUCAAUUGGAGUCUGUUCAUAUGUAUUGCAGUCUGUUCAUAUCUAUCUAUCUAUCUUAGACUCUUAUCUAUCUGUUUCUCUAUCGCAUCACUUUAAAAGAAAGGUGCACGUGUGUGUAUCUCUCUGCAUCUCUCUCUCUCUCUCUCUCUCUCUCUCUCUCUCUCUCUCUCUCUCUCUCUCUCUCUGUAUUAGCCUUUGCUUAACUUUUACACACUCUCUCUCUCUCUCUCUCUCUCUCUCUCUCUUUAGCUAUGGAUCUCUCUCUCUCUUUCUCUUUCUCUCUUUAGCUCUGGAUCUUUCAACAAGGAUCUACGCCCCAGAUAUUCUAGCCCAGCAGAGGAGAAUUUAUAACAUUCUUUCUUUCUUUCUAUCGGUGUUAGUCUUUCUUACUUUUUUUCUUUCUUUCAUUUCUUUUUCAUUCAGUAUAUCUUUCUUUCUUUUCCUUUGGUAUGUCUUUCUUUCUUUUUAUGUUUUUUAUUUCUUUCUACAAACCUGUAUGUUACUCUCCUUUUUUCUGUCACUUAGUUCAUCUCUCUCUCUCUCUCUCUCUCUCUCUCUCUCUCUCUCUCUCUCUCUCUCUCUCUUGGUCUUUCUUACUUUUUUCUUACUUUCAUUUCCUUUUCCAUUUAGUAUAUGCUUUUUUUUUCCUUCGGUAUGUCUUUCUUUUUAUGUUUUUUUUUAUUAUUAUUUCUUUCUACUAACCUGUAUGUUACUCUUUUUUCUGUCACUUAGUUCAUUUUUUUUUUUUUUACUACUGUUCUUUCUUUUAUCAGUUUUGGUCUUUCUUACUUUUUUCUUUCUUUCAUUUCCUUUUCUAUUUAGUAUAUCUUUCUUUCUUUUUUUUUUCCCUUCAUUCUUUUUUUUUUUUUUUUUACUACUGCUCUUUCUUUCUUUCUUUCUUUUUUUCUUCCAUGCAAUUUCUAACUUUGUCUUGUCUCGCCUCUCUCGUCUUUUCACCUUUCUUUCUUUCUUUCUUUCUUUCUUUCUUUCUUUCUUUGAUGCAAUUUCAAACUUUAUGUCUUGUCUCGCCUCUCUCAUCUUUUCACCUUUCUUUCUUUCUUUCUUCCAUGCAAUUUCUAACUUUGUCUUGUCUCGCCUCUCUCGUCUUUUCACCUUUCUUUCUUUCUUUCUUUCUUUCUUUCUUUCUUUCUUUGAUGCAAUUUCAAACUUUAUGUCUUGUCUCGCCUCUCUCAUCUUUUCACCUUUCUUUCUUUCUUUCUUCCAUGCAAUUUCUAACUUUGUCUUGUCUACGCCUCUCAUCUUUUCACCUUUUUUUUCUUUUCUUUCUUUCUUUCUUUCUUUCUUUCUUUCUUUCAUGCAAUUUCUAACUUUGUCUUGUCUCGCCUCUCUCGUCUUUUCACCUUUCUUUCUUUCUUUCUUUCUUUCUUUCUUUGAUGCAAUUUCAAACUUUAUGUCUUGUCUCGCCUCUCUCAUCUUUUCACCUUUCUUUCUUUCUUUCUUUCUUUCUUUCUUUCUUUCUUUGAUGCAAUUUCAAACUUUAUGUCUUGUCUCGCCUCUCUCAUCUUUUCACCUUUCUUUCUUUCUUUCUUCCAUGCAAUUUCAAACUUUAUGUCUUGUCUCGCCUCUCUCAUCUUUUCACCUUUCUUUCUUUCUUUCUUUCUUUCUUUCUUUCUUUCUUUCUUUCAUGCAAUUUCUAACUUUGUCUUGUCUCGCCUCUCUCGUCUUUUCACCUUUCUUUCUUUCUUUCUUUCUUUCUUUCUUUCAUGCAAUUUCUAACUUUGUCUUGUCUCGCCUCUCUCGUCUUUUCACCUUUCUUUCUUUCUUUCUUUCUUUCUUUCUUUCAUGCAAUUUCUAA